CAGCGCCGUUUCCAGUUGAGAGAUGGCGGCCGCCGCAGGUAGAUCGCUCCUGCUGCUGCUCUGCUCCCGGGGCGGCGGCGGGGGCGCCGGCGGCUGCGGAGCGCUGACUGCCGGUUGCUUUCCCGGGCUGGUCGUCAGCCGCCACCGGCCGCACCAGCAGCACCGGACGGCACACCAGAGGCCAGCUUCCUGGCAGAGCGUGGGAGCCGCAUAUUGCAGUACGGUUGUGCCCUCUGAUGACGUGACGGUGGUUUACCAAAAUGGAUUACCGGUGAUAUCUGUGAGGCUACCCUCUCGACGGGAGCGCUGCCAAUUCACACUCAAGCCUAUCUCUGACUCAGUCGGUGUGUUUUUACGACAACUGCAAGAGGAGGAUCGGGGAAUUGACCGGGUCGCCAUCUACUCACCAGAUGGCGUUCGAGUCGCUGCCUCCACGGGGAUAGACCUCCUGCUCCUCGAUGACUUUAAGCUUGUCAUUAAUGACUUAACAUACCAUGUACGGCCCCCAAAGAGAGACCUCCUAAGCCAUGAAGAUGCAGCGACGCUGAACGACGUGAAGACCCUGGUCCAGCAGCUGUACACCACACUGUGCAUUGAGCAGCAUCAGCUUAACAAGGAGCGGGAGCUCGUGGAGAGGUUAGAGGACCUCAAGCAGCAGCUGGCCCCCCUGGAGAAGGUACGAAUUGAAAUUAGCAGAAAAGCGGAGAAGAGGACCACUCUGGUGCUGUGGGGAGGCCUGGCCUACAUGGCCACCCAGUUUGGCAUUCUGGCCCGGCUCACCUGGUGGGAGUACUCCUGGGACAUCAUGGAGCCCGUCACCUACUUCAUCACGUACGGAAGCGCCAUGGCCAUGUACGCGUAUUUUGUAAUGACGCGCCAGGAAUAUGUUUAUCCAGAAGCCAGAGACAGACAAUACUUAUUAUUUUUCCAUAAAGGAGCCAAAAAGUCACGUUUCGACCUAGAGAAAUACAAUCAGCUCAAGGAUGCAAUUGCUCAGGCAGAAAUGGAUCUUAAGAGACUGAGAGACCCGUUACAAGUACACCUGCCCCUCCGACAGAUUGGAGAAAAGGAAUGAUCCGAGAUGACCGUGAAUCCCGGCAGAGAGCGCGCCUGUUUGUAACUCAUGCCGUUUUAAUUAAAGCAUGGCAGGCGGAGGCUGGGGCCGCGUGGGUAGAGGGUUUUUACCUUUAAUUCUAAAAACAAAACACAAAAAGGAUCUUAGGGAAUAAAGGGAUCUUAAAUGCUGAGGAUCCGGCAUCAUGGAAUCCAAGUGCAAAGGGCUUAGCGAGUCUUGUCUUAAGCAUCUCCAUUUCGGAUGAGAGUGAAGACUCAUCGCAGCUGGGCAGAGGAUGCUGGGGUGUUUGCGUCUUGCAUCUUUGCAGGGUCUGCGGAACACUCACACACCAGCACCCCACUCCGCUCCAGAUUUGUUUUUGUUUUUGUUUUUUAAUUUAAAGUUUCUUAUUUUUGACAUAGGAAUAAAUCAGUGUAUAAGAAAAUCAAAUCUUCUGAUUCAUGAAUGGCAGAGUCUGGGCCAGUGCGGCUAGCCUUCAUUUUAGGCUGGACCCGGUCUCUGCAAAGGUACCAGAAUCUCUCGGCCCUGCACCCCUUUUCUGACCACCUACCUACUUGCGGAUCCUGGUUGGUUGGUCACACUGCUUUUAACCACAUAAUCAUUGGAAUUAAUUUAUGAUUGUUUGAUGAUUGACACGUGGAUUAUCUCUUAAUGAGAUCUCAUGUCGAUCUCCCCCGGGCUCUGAAUCAGUGUCUAGAAGUCACUGGCAAUACUGCAUGAGGGUUUUUGUUGCAUUUUUUUUUCUUUUGGUUUGGUUUUUUUUUUUUUUUACUAAUUAGUCUUGAGAGGAGGAAAAAUUCCUUCCUUUAUAUAUUGAUCCCAUUGAUAACCCCCACUUCCUGCACACCACGGAUCAGAAGGCCCGUGCUCAUCCAUAUUACCAAAAGAGGAGGAUGUAAGGUUUACAGAUCGGCUAAAAAUCAGGCUCCGAGUCUAUUUCAGACCCGGAGACUCUGGGUUAAUCUAACACUCACGUCAUCAUGUGCUCUCACAACUCCACCACCCCAGCUGCUGGAAAUCAAGGGCAGAUCUCAAAGGGUGCAGCUAUCUUUUUACCAGGAAUAUCUUCCUAUGGCUUCCUUUGGCCUGUCUUCUCCACCCCGUUUAUUUUUAUCUUAAACAGAGAGACAGGAGAAUUACUCUUACACUCUGAUAGAGUGUUUUCUACCAUCUUUCCAGAUGGUACCUGCGCUCCAAGUCAAAGCACUCUGCCUAGUGUCCUGUUUUUAACUGUUCUGGGGACAGGAUGGCAAGGAGGACGGGGGCUUGCCACACAGCCGAUUGGGUGUUUGGUUUUGGUUAGCUUCCUUCCCAUGAUUCACCCCGCCUCAUGGGACAAGGGGUUUCUUUUUCCUCCUCCUUUGGGGAUCAUUGUGUAUGAAAGAAAACCUUUGAAUGACAAACCCAGACUCUAGGUGCCUUGCAGAGGUUGAAGGCCAGCCACGCCACCGCUUCCACCACCAGCCGCCACUGGCCUGCCAGAGAGAGGAUGCAUGUCUCGGUCCCCAGCCCGCCUCCUCCUUCCUUCCUGUCCUUCAACCUCUCCCCUGUUUCUUUUCCUUGUGCAGAUUAUUUUAAGCCAUCUAUCCUGUUUGUGUGCAGGGUUCUUAAGAAGGCAUGGCACAGUGCAAUGAGCAAAUCCUCUGAGUAGUGUGGGAGGCGGGGGGUGGGCGAGCAAGAUGUUGGACACGUGUACAAUCCUGUAUCAUUUAUGAAAUAUGUAUAAAAAGCAAUGUACCUUCCGGAACAAUAAAUACUUAUUCAAUUUUUGAA